AUAGCUCGCGAUGGUUUGUUCCGUAGUACGGGAGCGCCUUCGCAGCGACGCGUCUGUUCAGAGUGGAGACAAACCAUACAGCUGUGAGCACUGUGGGAGACAUUUCAAAAACAAGUGUAUUUUAAGAAAACACAUUCAACGCAUGCACUUGUCGAAUGGGCCAAAACAACAUGCUUGUGAUUUUUGUAGUUCUACAUUUCAAACUAAAUUCCUUGUAUUAGAGCACGAGAGAAUCGAACACGGUGUUACAAAUUUCAUGUGUGCUGAAUGUGAGUAUACAACGAUUUACAAGAGAAGUUUGCGAGUUCAUUUAAAAGCUCAUUCUGUAGACAACCUUCUUAAUUGUAAAAAAGGUCAGUUUAAAAGUGAUUUACUCAAACACCAAGCGAUACUCACUGGUGAUCAGACACACCUAAGAAUACACACCAAAAAAAACCAUUUCAAGUGCAGUGAUAAGUCGACCUUACGAAGACAUGAAAGAAGACAUACUGGCGAGAAGCCAUAUGCAUGUAAUGACUGUGAUUACAAAUGCCGCCGGCCAUCAACCUUACAAAGACACCUGAUGAUUCAUACUGGGGCCAAGCCAUUUAAGUGUAGCAAUUGCGACUACAAGUGCAAUCGGAAAGCAGGCUUACGAGUUCAUCAAAGAAUACACACCGGAGAAAAGCCGUACACAUGUAGUAAUUGUGACUACAAGUUCAGGAGUAUAUCAAAUUUACGACUACAUGAAAAGACACAUACUGGUGAGAAGCCUUUUCAGUGUAGCCAGUGUGAUUACAAAUUCACUCAAAAAGCAAACUUACAAAGACACCUGAGGACACACACUGGAGAAAAGCCUUUUAAAUGUAGCCGUUGUGAUUACAGAGGUCGUGAUAAAUCAACCCUACGCAAACACCAGAAGACGCAUACAGGGACGAAGCCAUGUAAUGACUGUGAUUACAAAUGCCCCCGGCCAUCAACCUUACAAAGACCCCUUAUGAUACAUAUUGGGGCGAAGCCAUUUAAGUGUAGCGAGUGUGACUACAGCUGCAAACGAAAAGCAUACUUGCUAACACAUCAGAGGAUCCACACCGGAGAGAAGCCGUAUACAUGCAGUCAUUGCGACUACAAGUGCAGUCAAAGCUCAAGUUUACGAAAACACGAAAUAAAGCAUACUGGCGAGAAGCCAUUUAUGUGUAGCUACUGUGAUUACAAAUGCAGUCAGCCAUCAACCCUACAAAGACACCUGAUGAUUCAUACUGGGUCCAAGCCAUUUGAAUGUAGCAAGUGCGACUACAAGUGCAAUCGGAAAGCAAGCUUACGAGUUCAUCAAAGAAUACACACCAGAGAGAAGCCGUACACAUGUAGUAGUUGUGACUACAAGUUCAAGAGUAUAUCAGGUUUACGAUUACAUGAAAAGACACAUACUGACGAGAAGCCUUUUCAGUGUAGCCAGUGUGAUUACAAAUCCAUUCAAAAAGCAAACUUACAAAGACACCUGAGGACACACACUGGAGAAAAGCCUUUAAAAUGUAGCCGUUGUGAUUACAGAGGUCGUGAUAAAUCAACCCUACGAAAACACCAGAAGACGCAUACAGGGACGAAGCCUAUAGACGUAGCAACUGCGAGUACAAGUACAGCCUGAAACAGCACCUUUGAAGAGA